AUGCCCAAAACUCCUGUAUUUUCACUUUGAAAUUUUAAUAUUAUUAAUCUACGCUGGAAAAUGGUUUUAUGAAACUUUUUGCGAUAUAUUUCGAUAAUAAGUUCAAAUAUUCCAUCAAGAAUGGAUUCGGGUUCGAAAAACGUAUCUACGGAGAAGAAAGAAUACGAAUGGGAACCCAGGAUUAGAAUUUUUCCUUUGAGACCACAAAGAGGAAAAAAAAAUAAAUCCAUUUCUUCUUUAACUGCAAUUUCGGGAGCAUGUGGUUCCAUGACUGAAGCUUGUAUCGAACCAGGAUGGCGAAUUGGAGACAUAAUUUUGGCGGCGAAAGUUCUCCAGAAAGAAGAUCCGCCACCAAAUUAUUCUGAUGAAGCUGAAAUGAGGCGAGUUUUUGGACUCGUCUACGACGUUUUAAGAUAUAGGCACGUUUUGACACACGCAUUAGAAGACGUUGGAUUUUGGUACCACUACAAAGAACACCGCCCAGAAGAAAAAAUAGUUUUGCUUUUGUUGUACGAUAUGCAGGGAAGAAAAUUUGCUCGUCUUGGAAGCAAACGUGCAAUAGCAGAACGAGAAAAAGCGUUUUUUUCAGCAGGAUUAAAAGAAGUGGAAGAUAUUCUUCUUGAAGCAAAAACACGAUUGGCUGCCAGUGUUUCGAGAUUAAGAAUCGGUGGUUCUGCCCUGACAUUAGACGAAUUACUCCCAGCUCAUUUAAAAUCAGCAGAAGGAAUUUCUUGGGGUGAAGAAGGUUCGAUUGCAUCAGGAUGGGUGAAUUCAAUUAAAAUAUCGAGCAAAGAGGAAUUUAUAAGAGAAAUGGAAAAAUUGGGAUUUCGUCAUUGUCUGGAUUGCAAAGAUGCUGAUCUUGGGGAAAAUAAUUUUAUUUUUGACUCACUUUGCCCGAAAGUGAUUAAUUUUCAUGAAAAAGGUCGAGAAAAACUAGCUACGUCUGAUUUAGUUCGAAAUCAUCGUUUUGUAUUUUUGGAAAGGUCUCUUUGCGUGGGAGCAGCAAGUUUAGCAAAAGCAGUUCGAGUGGGAAAACUUUGUGGACCAGUGAUUUUAACAAAUUGCAUAGCACCAAGGCACACGGGAUAUGUUGCGAGUCUUCUGGCUGAUAUUGAAGAUGCUGGAAGACUUUUGGCUUUUGGCACUGGUGAUCAGCGUUGCGAAUAUGAAACUUAUCUCCGCCACUUGGGAGUCACUCUUCAACAAUGUCGAAUUUUUUCUGAGAGCUACAUUUCUCCACCAUCUUCAGCAGAGUUGGAAAGAGCGACGAUCAUUUUAGCAACGCCUCAUUGUAGUUAUACAGGAGUGAAAGACAUAGUGGACUUGGCAGUAGCUAGAGGAGGAGAUAUUGCCCUUCUGGAAUCCUUAACUAGUGUUGAUAAUGAAUUGAAACAACCUAGAACUCUCCUAGCUGAUCAAUUGGCAACUUUGAAAUAUGCUCUGACUAAACCUAAUGUGCAGUUACUUAUUUACGAAGUUCAUUCGAUUUUGCCUUCAGAGACGACGGAAAUGGUCUACCAAGUUGUCGAUUAUGCCAACGGAAUGGCAAAGGAAAAAUAUACUCGAGAAUUUUCUGUAAAGAAAAAACCUCAGAAAAAUGUUGAAGAAAAGUCCCCGAAAUUGAUAAGAUCAGGAAAAAGAAGGCAAUCAUAUGAGCAAGCGAGUUUAGAACAAGAAAUAUUGCAAAGUAUAAUUGAAGAGGAAGAUGAUUCCAUGGCAACUUCCACAAUGCCAGAUAGCGAUUUAUUCGAAGUGGGAAGUGUGAGCGACAUCUAUGGACAAGAUUGCGAGGGUCUUCUAGAGCAAGGCUGUUACGUCGCCUUCAUAAAACGGAAAGAAAUGAUGCAGUUUAAUUCUCUUUUCAUGAUCAAAGUCGCAGAAUCUAAAGGUUUAUUCGGCGAUCCCAACAAGCAGCCUAAAAAGAAGGAAGAAAUUGUUCCCGUUAAUCGUCAAACUUCAAUCUCCAGUCGAAAAAGCUUCAAACGUGCCAAGAUUCAAAUUGAUAGAAUCGCAGCACCAACGCAUUCUUCGAUGUCAAAAACACAUAAAGAAAGUUACAUUUGUCCACGACAUAAUCAUCAUGUUUCGAGUGAUGAUAUUUCUUUGUAUACUCAGAAUCGCACCAUCUCAAAGGGUCCUUUGACAUCAAUUUUAGCAAAUAAUUUAGAAAGUACACAGAAUAGAGGUCCCAGUCGUUUAAUGUCUUUACAGUAUCAAAAAGAAAGUGCAAAACGUUUAAGUACUUUAAUAAUUCGACCUAAAUCUGGUAAGAUAAUUUAUGGUGAAGCUGAUCGCUCUAAAUAUCAAAGUCAACCACGUCCUGCAACGCCCACAGCAAUUUGGGGAGUUCACAAUUCUACACUUAGCCAAAGAAAUCGGCUGAGCAAUUUGGUCCAAUUUUCUCCAUUAUCCGAAGAAAAUCAGAACUCAAGUCUAGAAAAUGAAUCACAGAAGCAAAUGAAUGUAGCUUUUCUGAAAAAAUUACAAUUAUCUCAACAGUCGUUUCGCAAAGUUUCGCUAGCAUAUCAUCCGGGUGGUUCACUCAGAAAUCGUCAUUCAUCAUUUGGAUCUCGUUUGGAAACAGUGAUGGAGCAAACCAAAGGUUUUCCCUAUCUGUUUCCGCACCCAGGAAAUAGUCACGAAAUCGAUUAAAUUUUUAUUUAAAAUCAGAAUAAACGGACCAGUUUUAACAUCCUUAUAAAAAAGGAAAAACAUUUAAAACUAAAUCAGGCAAAAAAGAUUUUCUCUUUAAAAAAUGGAGAAUCGACAAUAUUUUAAA